UUUAGACAUUACCGAAAACGCUCAUCAUCACGUGGCCGAUCUGGCAGCAGGUCAAAAAGCCGUUCACCACCUGAUAAGAGAUCUAAAAGAGAUGACCGCCGAUCCCGAAGUCGGGAGCGUGACAGAGAUCGUAGAAGGGAAAGAUCACGCAGCAGAGAUCGUAGAAGAUCACGAUCCAGAGAUAGAAAGCGCCCUGCCGCAGACCAAGCAGAGAAAGGGAGCGUAGUAGAGAGCGAAGAAGAUCCCGAAGGGGUCGUGAAAGAAGGCGCUCUAGGAGCAAAAGCCGCAGUGGCGAUCACGCUCUGCUAGUCCAAGCAAAGCUAAGAAAAGAGAAAUAAGAUCAAAAUCAAAAGAGAAGACAGAUGUUCCUGAUGCAAGUAAAGAAAAGAAAAAGGAUGAAGAAGAAAAAGACAAAGAAAAGGAUGUAAACAAUUUUGACCAGAACAAACUUGAGGAAGAGAUGAGAAAACGAAAAGAAAGAGUUGAGAAAUGGCGAGAAGAACAGCGUAAGAGAGUUGAAGAGACCAUUGGAGAGUUGAAAAGAGAAGUUGAAGAGUUGAAGCAAGGAAAGAAGUGGAGUUUAGAGGAUGAUGAUGAUGAUGAAGAUGAGCCAGCUGAAGGAGAGAAAGAAGGGCAAGAGGAGGAAAACGAGGAAGUGGAUCCUUUAGAUGCCUACAUGGAAGAAGUCAAAGAAGAAGUCAAAAAGUUUAAUAUGGGCAGUGUCAAAGGUGGAAGUGAAAAGAAAAGUGGACCAAACGUAACCAAGGUUGUCACUGUAGUGACCACGAAAAAGGCUCCUGCUGAAACAACAAAGAAAAAAGGAGAACUCAUGGAAAAUGAUCAAGACGCCAUGGAAUAUUCUUCAGAAGAAGAAGAGGUAGAUCUCCAAACUGCUCUGACUGGCUUUCAAACUAAACAGCGCAAACUGCUGGAGCCUGUGGAUCAUGGAAAGAUAGAAUAUGAACCUUUCAGGAAGAACUUUUACGUGGAAGUUCCAGAGCUUGCCAAAAUGACUACAGAAGAAGUCAGUGCCUACAGACUAAGUUUGGAAGGCAUUACAGUACAAGGAAAGAAUUGCCCAAAGCCAAUCAAGACCUGGGUACAGUGUGGGAUAUCUAUGAAGAUUUUGAAUGCACUUAAAAAGCACUCAUAUGAAAAACCAACUCCAAUCCAGGCACAAGCUAUACCUGCAGUCAUGUCUGGCCGUGACCUAAUAGGUAUUGCCAAAACUGGAAGUGGAAAAACAAUUGCCUUCCUUCUGCCCAUGUUUCGCCAUAUUAUGGACCAGAGACCUCUUGAAGAUGGCGAAGGGCCAAUAGCUGUUAUAAUGACUCCAACAAGAGAGCUUGCUUUGCAAAUAACAAAAGAGUGCAAGAAAUUCUCCAAGCCACUGGGACUGAGAGUAGUUUGUGUGUAUGGAGGAACAGGCAUCAGUGAGCAGAUUGCUGAAUUAAAACGAGGUGCAGAGAUAAUAGUUUGUACCCCAGGUCGAAUGAUUGACAUGUUAGCCGCAAACAAUGGUCGAGUAACCAAUUUGCGACGGGGUACUUAUGUUGUUCUUGAUGAAGCAGACCGAAUGUUUGACAUGGGCUUUGAACCACAGGUCAUGAGAAUCAUUGACAACGUUCGACCAGAUCGUCAAACAGUUAUGUUCUCUGCUACAUUCCCAAGGGCCAUGGAAGCUUUAGCACGAAGAAUACUGAACAAGCCAAUAGAGGUCCAAGUUGGAGGCAGAAGCGUGGUGUGUUCUGAUGUUGAACAGCACGUGAUUGUAAUAGACGAAGAAAAAAAGUUUCUUAAACUACUGGAGCUUUUGGGGCAUUACCAGGAAAAAGGAUCUGUCAUUAUUUUUGUUGAUAAACAAGAACAUGCAGAUGGAUUACUCAAAGACUUAAUGAGAGCAUCAUAUCCCUGCCUUUCACUUCAUGGAGGAAUUGAUCAAUAUGACCGUGACAGUAUAAUCAACGACUUUAAAAAUGGUGUAUGCAAACUACUGGUGGCCACCUCUGUGGCAGCUCGAGGACUGGAUGUGAAACAAUUAAUCUUGGUGAUAAACUAUUCAUGCCCAAAUCAUUAUGAGGAUUAUGUACACAGAGCGGGACGUACAGGACGAGCUGGCAACAAGGGCUAUGCCUUUACAUUCAUCACAGAAGAUCAGGCACGUUAUGCAGGAGAUAUAAUCAAAGCUUUGGAGCUUUCAGGAACUCCAGUUCUUCCUGAACUGGAAAAGAUCUGGUCAGAAUUCAAAGAACAGCAGAAAGCGGAAGGUAAAGUUAUCAAAAAGUCUAGUGGGUUCUCUGGUAAAGGUUUUAAAUUUGAUGAAACCGAGCAAGCUUUGGCCAAUGAGAGGAAGAAACUGCAAAAGGCUGCACUUGGCCUUCAGGAUUCAGAUGAUGAAGACACAGCUCUUGACAUUGAUGAGCAGAUCGAGACAAUGUUCAAUUCUAAGAAGAGAGUAAAAGACAUGGCAGGGCCAGGUGUACCAGGAGGAGCAGUUGGUGCUGCAGGUACCACAGCUGGUCCUGGAGGAUCUUCUGCUUCGGCUAAUGCUGGUGCCCCUACUGCUGGAAAUGCAGAGAAGUUGGAGAUUGCAAAACGCUUGGCAAAAAAGCUUAGCGUUAACAAAAACCUUGGAGCAGAAGCACAGGAUGUAAUGCAACAGGCCACCAAUGCUAUUCUCAGGGGAGGAACUAUUAUGGCCCCAAUUGUUUCUGCAAAAACUAUUGCAGAACAGCUGGCUGAGAAGAUCAAUGCAAAACUUAACUAUGUCCCAGUUGACAAACUAGAGGAGGAGAAGCAGGAAGCUGGUGCUAAUGAAUCCUUCAAACGAUAUGAAGAGGAAUUGGAGAUUAAUGAUUUCCCUCAGACUGCAAGGUGGAAAGUCACUUCAAAAGAAGCAUUACAGAGGAUAAGCGAAUACUCUGAGGCUGCCAUUACCAUUAGAGGAACAUAUUUCCCUCCUGGCAAGGACCCCAAGGAGGGAGAGAGAAAGAUUUAUUUGGCCAUUGAAAGUGCAAGUGAACUGGCUGUUCAGAAAGCUAAAGCAGAAAUUACCCGUCUUAUCAAAGAAGAGCUCAUCAGAUUGCAAAAUUCCUACCAGCCCGCAAACAAAGGACGUUACAAAGUGCUUUAA